UGUGAGCAGAGGAGAGGCUUUGCCUGCAAAUUGCACACACACAUACACGGGAGGACAAGAAAACGGCUAAUUUCACGUGCACGCCGUCCGUCGCUUAACGAGAGCGGGCGCCCGCGUGGAUUGAGAGUCGAGAAGACGUACGAGCGAAGGCUUGGGGAUACGAGGAGCAGUGAUGAUCGGACUAUGUGGGCUCUCGCCGUUUGAAUCCUGUCCUCUGACCACUUAGCCACUUUGCCGUGGUGCUGUUGCAGGCCGCCAGCCUCGCAGCGGCAGCGGUGAUCGAGACAGAAUGAGCUCCAAGCACACCUCCGAUUGGAUUCCCUACAGCACUUUAGACGACGAGGGCACCAACCUCCGACAGCAGAAGCUUGAUCGGCAGCGAGUGCUGCUCGAGCAAAAGCAGAAGAAGAAGCGUCAAGAACCUCUGAUGGUCCAGUCCAACGUGGACGGGCGAUCUCGCGCCCGGCGCACCAAACAGAGCGAGGAGCAGGCUCCGUUGGUGGAAUCCUACCUCAGCAGUAACAGCAGCACUAUCUACCACGUGGAAGAAGCCAAGCAGGAGGAGGUGAAGGUGAAAACAGACCCGCCGCCGCCGCCGCGCUCAGCAAAAAAGGGGAGAGCGUCGGCCAGCUCCACUCCUCAGGCGGGCAGUGACAAAAAGGAGAGGAAAGGGAAGCACAAAGCAGGGAUGGACAGCCCGGCCUGCCAGUUAGAGGACGGCCAGAUCCAAAUCUUAACAGUGGGUCACCCCUCGUCGGAGGACGGCGAGGCCGAGCCGGUCACGAGCUGCACUCCGUCGCAGAGCAAGCAGGACCUUCGGGUGACCAUGCUCAAAAAAGGCAUAUCCAGCAGUAUGAACUUCGAUGAAGAAGAAGAUGACGACGAUGAAAUUAGUUCCACUUCCUCACAGCUCAACAAUAACACAAGACCGGGCUCCGCCACCAGCAAGAAGUCAUGCAAGGAGGUUGCAUCAGCGCCAACUCCACCUGUCACUGAACCUGCCAUUGAUGUGGACGACCUUGAAGAGUUUUCCUUGCGACCUGCACCGCAGGGAGUCAGAGUGAAGUGCAGAAUCACCCGGGAUAAGAAAGGCAUGGACAGAGGCAUGUACCCCACCUACUAUCUGCACUUGGAGCGAGAAGAUGGCAAGAAGGUGUUCCUGUUAGCAGGCAGGAAGAGAAAAAAGAGUAAAACUUCCAAUUACCUCAUCUCCAUUGAUCCCACUGAUCUGUCCCGAGGUGGAGAAAGCUUCAUCGGUAAACUGAGGUCAAACCUCAUGGGGACCAAGUUCACUGUAUAUGACAGUGGUCUGAACCCCAUCAAGACCACCAGCAGCCUUGAAGCCUGCAAUAUGCGCCAAGAGCUUGCAGCCAUUUGCUAUGAAACUAAUGUCUUGGGAUUUAAGGGACCUCGUAAAAUGAGUGUCAUCAUACCUGGAAUGAACAUGGACCAUGAGAGAGUGUCGAUUCGCCCACGAAAUGACCAUGAGUCAUUGCUGGCAAGGUGGCAGAACAAGAACACAGAAAGUGUGAUUGAACUGCAUAACAAAACUCCAGUGUGGAAUGAUGAUACACAAUCGUAUGUGCUCAACUUCCACGGCAGAGUCACUCAGGCUUCUGUCAAGAAUUUCCAAAUCAUUCACGACAAUGACCCUGACUACAUUGUGAUGCAGUUUGGUCGCGUGGCAGAGGAUGUCUUCACCAUGGACUAUAACUACCCAAUGUGUGGCCUUCAAGCCUUCGCCAUCGCCCUCUCCAGCUUUGACAGCAAGUUAGCCUGUGAAUAGACUGCAGCCUGAGGUUUAAUGGCCAACUGGUCCAAGAGUGGGCUCAUCAAGGGCUGUUCAUGUAAAACUCGGGCUGGUCUGACAACUCCAAAAAAACACGGAAAUCCUGCGUAUCCCAAGAUGCUCUGUGGGUCUCAAGUUCUGCGUGGAUGCGUGUGUGUCUGGGGCAGGAGAGAUGCUCGAUAUAGGGCCUCAAGCACAAAGAGUAAUCCUCUUUUAAAAAAAUCUAAUCAAUUUGUUUUGUAAACAUUUUAGAGUGGGUGGACAUUCUAAAGAACCACUGUUACUUUAAAUACUAGCUAGAGAGGUUUAACAUUCUUUAUCUGUGACUAAUAAUUGCAUAUGUGUACAUUUUUGAAGUUGGCUGAAUUUUAUGUCCAGUUUCUGUCAUGAAAAUAACCCAAGGUUAAAAAAAAAUCAAGCAUGAAUAGUCAUACGUUCCUAAAGUCAAAAUAACAUGCAUGUCACCGACUAUUUAUUUUGUUAUUUAUGUAUUUAUUACAUUCUUCUUUGGACAGUAUUGGCUCUGCGGAGCUGCAAGCACAUCACAGACAAAUUAUCCACAGAAAACGAUCGGACGUGAGCAGGGCAAAGGCGUGCUCCGCUGUGCCGUGUGCCGUACAAUAUCGUGUCACUGGGUCACAUGUGUGAAUGUAUAGAACAAUGGUGCACUUUAAUUUCAAGGCAGUAGUGGAUGAGAUAUAGCCGUACGUAUGUCGUUUCUUGUGCCUUUGAACACUGACUACAGUGUUGCGCUUUGGCUGUCAAGUGAGCUCUUGGCUGUUCUUGCUAUAUGCUUUCCACGCACUGGGGUCAUUUGAGGUCACUUAAACAGUAGACAGGCGCAGAGCUGGUUUUAACGACUCAAACAACAAAAUGAAUAAGAAGCCCAAAUAAAAGAUUUUCUUUUCUUUAGGACACAUUAUAUUUCACUCUGAUGUAACAUUGUGCUUAGUAGAACCUCUGAUGUCUCUUGGAGAGGGCAUGGAUUUGUCACAGCCUCAACACUUGCAUAUAUUUGCAUCUUUGAAAUAUUUUUAUACUCCCCUGAUGUGACAGUUGGCCAUGUCCCUCAUCUAAAAGGUAGCCUGUUUCGAGAGUGAAAUUGCGCACAGAUGCUCCUUUCUGGAUGACACAUCCUUUCUCAACAUUUUGUACCAUCCGAAUCCAAAAUAAUAAUCAGCAAAAUGAAGGCAAAGAACAAUCUCUGGUGUCACAAUUGUGACUGUGGAUCAUGAGGAAAUGUUUAUCAGAUGUGCUAUUCUUGUACUUUGUGUUCUAAAUAUUUUGGACUUCUAUUUUGAAACUGUUGAUACUUGCUGUGAAGUCUGCUUUUCAGUAGAUUAUGUUCAGGAUCCCCUGCUUCUCUCAAUUUCUGUUUUUAGUGCUCGUGAUGACGUACAGUGAAUGUCGUGUAAGACUUACAUGAUGGGAUAGACACUCUUUGAACGUGACAAAAAAUGUGAACAAAUAA